GGGGCGCGCGCAAAGGAGGGGUGCAGAAAGGGAGAGCACCCGCAGCCCUCCCCGGGCUUGUCCGCUGCACGGAGAGGAGGGCCGCCCCGCUCCCAAGAAGCGGUGCUCGCGCCACGCCCUCCUCCCCUCUGAGCAUGUGCAGAAGGCAUCCCUCCCCCGCCCCAGCGGGUAGGAGGCUGCAGCUGUCCCGCGGGAGAGGGGCCGCUGCCCGCUCGGCCUGAGGCGGCUCUGCCCGGAGACCAGCGCCGCUCCAAGCCCCCAGCACCCGCCAGCAGCAUCAUUCCCUCCCUCGCCGCGGGCCGCAUCCCCCCGGCGCCCCCUUGCACGCCCCCAGAGGCGGCCUGAUGCUGCUGCGGCGCGGCGCUUGCCGGCCGCCGCUCGCCGCGAUGCUCCUGCUGCUGCUGCCGGGAGCCGGAGCCGGGCAGGAGGAGGAGGAGGGGACGCCGCCGAGCCCCCCGCGGCCCUACGCCGUCCUCCGGAGCCAGAACCUGGUUCUGAUGGGGAGCGUCUUCAGCAUUCUGCUGAUCGCCAUGGUCCUGAUGGCGGUGUGCAUCUACAAGCCCAUUCGCCGGCGGUAGUCCGUGAGACAUGUUUCCAGGAUGGCUGGAUUCUGCUCUUGCCCGGUGGCUGGCAUGACGUCUCGAGCCAAGCUCCCCGGUGGCAGUACCAACCCUUGCCAUGUGUCCUGGCAAUCCCAGGCUCCAUCUUUCUUGCAGGUCAAGCUUCUGAACUUCCACAGCUGAUCACAAGACUGAGGUAGUCUUUGCUUCCAUUUCCACUGUUAAAAGUUGCUUUCUCCUGAUCUGACCCCUCUGCCGGGCAUCAGGGAUGUGUUGGCAGAGGCAUGAUCUUCUGAAAUCUGACCAGCACUUCUAGCAUUGAGCACCUAAAGACGGCCACCAGGUUGCCAGACUUCCAAGAAUGCUAAGAAUUUGGUUCCUCCGGAAUGAGAGAGAAGCUUUGAUAGCAACUGUGAUGGACGUUUCUGCCUGUUUUUUGUGUGUUUGGACUAGAGGCAUUUUGUUUUAGGAUUGUUGGCUGUGAUGUUCUAAGUGAGGAAAAGAAUAGCUGUGUGGUAUUGAGCCUGUUCCCCUUCCACUACUGUUUGAAUUUUCCAGUGUUGGAGAUUUUUCCAAUUUUCCUUGGGCGGCUUGACAAAUGGCACCUCCCAAAUGUUCCUUAAGCACAGCAAUGGUGCAUUCUGAGAAACUGGGUUCACUCUCCAUUUUGCCUUCAGCUAUAGGCUGCUCACAACAUGGAACACUCAUAGUUUGUGUAAGAAAUUAGAUACUUCGGAAUUCUCCUUUCACAUGUGGGGAAUGGAUAAUACCUCUUCCUGUUUCUCGCAUUUACACGGUGUGGUUGCUUCUCUGUCCGAACCUCCUGCGCUCCUUCCUCUUCUUCCCCGCAAAAUCCUUCAUUUGUCAGCAGACUCCAACUCCCAUCUUCUCCAGCCAGCCAGUGUUACUGCGGCUGGGAAUGAUGGGAGUUGUAGUCAACCACAUCUGGGGGAGCCUAGCACAGGACCCCCGGCUCUCGAGUAGAUCUUUAGGGCUGGGUCUUCACCAGAUGCACUUAAGUAUAAUCGGUCAGUUUCCCUGCACUAGCUGAACCCACUCCUGUAGCACGGCACUUAACAUCAGUGCUGUUUUCGCAAGAUCAGCUGAAUUCAGCCUGGACUACGACAGGGGAGGCUGGCUACAGCCUCCCUCCCUUCAGCAGAGCGUAACAGCACUUGUUUUAGGAAAGGUGUGUAGCAUCACAGCCAGAGGACUUUGUUUUCUUUCCUUGCACCAUGGGAUUGGUAUGGCGCAAGAAACCUCUAAGCAGCUUCUGUGCCGAAUUCAAGGUACUGUUCUGAAUGUAACCUUGGAACCCUGGUUCUCUGCUAUAGGCACUGUACUGAGCCCAGGGCUAGUUUGCCUGGUCCCUUUUCGCCAGAGAUGGGGCGCCUUGUGGGAGUCUCUUCUGCUUGACAGAUCAACUGCUGUAAGGAUUCCAGGUAUAAACCUGGAGACCGUUGGUACCUGGGACGAUGCAACGUGUAAACUGGCACUGAAAAAUGGCACUUGUGGUUUUGUUCCUGUUCUUUCAUUGCUUUGCACUCUUCAAAGCGGCUUUUCCUGGUGUACAUUUAAUAGGUUUUGGAAUUUAACAAGGGUUAACUUUGUCACUGUGCUAACUUAUUUUUAUUUAGUUGGUUUCACUCCAAUGUCACUUUUGCAAGGAUUCCGCUCCAGUCUCUCUGAGGUCUUAACCUACGAGGAUGAGGUGGCGGUUGUGGGCGUUUGCAUUCUCUUGGAGCAGGUGGCGAUGUGGCCCUGUAAUAAAAUGAGCUUCACGGAGUAGA